AAUAAGUAUUAUUUUUUUGUGUUCUUCCAUAUUUGAGAUUUCUAGGCAUAAUCUUUUCGUUAUUCUCUUGAUUUUUAAUAUACCUUCAAUUCCUACCAAUUCUAGAUGACAUAUAUUUCCUUCCAACCCAAAAUUCAUAUUUGAAAAUAAAAAGUCCACAAAUUUCUUCUAAGAUAUGAAAAAAAUACACAACAAUACACUAGGACGUCUUGAUAGAAAAAUACAUAUUAACUAAUUAUCGCUAAUGUCAUAAUCACCAAAUAACAUAAAGAUUACUUUGAAAUAAUGAAUUCAAUAUUUGAGAAAAUCUCAAAUUAUUUAAAAGAAUGAAGUAAUUGAUCAACUAAAAUAAAAUAAAAUUCAUCCGACCAACAGAUCGGAUAAAAGCUUUUUUUUUACUGAAUCGUUAUUUGUCACCCAAAAUUUAAAUAUUUUUGCCUUAUACCAUGCAAAAUGAACCCCUAUCCUCAAAUUCAAACCCUAAUUUCUAAUAUCCCUAUACGUUUUCCCCUAAGGAAGGAUUCUAGGGUCUGGAUGUACAAUGAAAAUGGUGCUUAUUCUGUUAAGUCUGCGUAUAAGUUUAUCAGGGGAAACCAACAUGAUACACUAGUCCGGCUUCAUAAUAGAAACUCGGAGGACCCUGAGUUCUGGAAGUUUUUGUGGAAUAUUCAGAUUCAACCAAAGGUUCGCAUUUUUCUAUGGAAGAUGUGUAAGAAUAUUUUACCUGUGGGAGUGAAUGUGGAGGAGUGGAUUGAAAGUUCAGCUCCUGAAUGUCCUUUCUGCAACCUUCCAGAAACUCAAACCCAUGCCCUCCGUGAAUGCGAGUGGAUCAGGAGGAGAUGGAAGAACUAUGGAGAAAAGGAGCUUUAUGAGAUAGGAGAAGGGAAGUCUUGUAUUGAUUGGUUAGCUCAAAUUUUCAGAUCUGCAUCAAUGGAAAGAAUCCAGAGGUUCUGUGCUAUUUUGUGGUUCUUAUGGAAAGAAAGAUGCAAUCACAAAUACAACAAUUUGAAGAAGGACGAGGAAGAGAUCAUACCAAAAGCGCUUGGGUGGCUAUCCUCCUUCCUGGAAGCUCAAGCCUCUCCAUCUUCAUCAUCUUUUGCUGACUCGACCGGUAAUGUAAAUGCUAGAACUGACAGAUGGCUUCCUCCCCCUGAAGGUGUCUUCAAGAUGAACUGUGACGCAGGAGUAAUCCAGCAACAGGGAGUUCGAUUGGGAGCUGUAUUGCGCAACUGGAGGGGUGAAUUUGUCGGGGUGAUGGUGAAGAGAGAGAAAGGGCUCUGCCGACCCAUUGUUGCUGAAGCAAAGGCGAUGGUGAUGGGACUUCGCGAAGCUAACCACAGAUCUCUCAGCCCGUUGAUAGUUGAAUCAGAUUGUCAAGAUUUGGUUAACUUUUUGGACAAAGGAGAGCCUGAUUUUACAGAAUUGGGAAUUUGGUGCAAGGAGAUCGAGGAACUGGCUUUGGAGAAUGAGAGGUUGUCGGGACACAAGGUUAGAUGGAGAUUCUCGUCGAGGAAGACAAAUUCUCUGGCUCACUGGUUAGCCCACUCUGGGUUGGGAUGGAACCAUCAAAUGGUUUGGGUGGACAACCCACCGAGUAAUCUUCUUUGUAUGGUGGAGGCCGAUUUGGGCCUUGGGCCUUUGGGCCAGAACUGAUUUCCAAUAUUAAUAAAAACAGAUGGCCGAUAAAAAAAAAUCUCUAAACAAACACAAUUUCACCCCGAUCUCACCCUCUGCUCCAUUUCGUCCCAUCCACCAGCCGAAUCCCGGCAGGCGCUGCCAUUUCCCCAACCCGCCGACCCGCUUUGUUUGCUUGGUCCACCGCGAAGGAAGAAGGGAGAAGAGCUGACGUCGCCGGAGUUGAGGGGAAGAAGCAGCCAGUUGUCUGGUGGAAAGUUUCGUUUAAGUUGUUGAAGUGAUGUGUUUUUAGAGUUAGCCCUGCGUGGACUUUCUCAAUAGCUGCGGCUCUAAUGUAAUUCGUUUUUUAGCCUUGAUUCAAAGGAAGAAUGAUUGCACUUCAUAGAUCUCUUUCAAUCUCGCCUUCACUAAUUAAAUUACAAAUAAACCAAAUACUUCAAA